AAUAAAAAUAAACUGGGUUUUCCUAAUUCCUAAGUUAACCCUAAUUUUUCCAUCGUAUAUAAACAAACGCCUCUCAACUUCCAUCGUCUCGAUCUUUUAUUCUUCGUCUUCGAUAUCUCUAAUCGUCUUGUCUAAGAAAGAGAGCGUUUUGUUUACAAGAGGUAACAGUUUCGAGCCUUGCAAGUGGAAGAAACAGUCGAAAGUUCGAAGCUUUCUUUUAUGUCUGACAAGAUUUCACCGUUUUGCUAUCAAUCUGGUUGCGUGGAAACUACUAUCCUGCAUCCGGAGCUACGUACCACCACAAGCUCUUUCAUUACUCUAGGCUCUCGCAUCUUCGAACCCGAGACUCCCCCACCUCUCUCUGACUGACUAAAUAAAAAACAUGGCGCUGCAGAACAUCGGUGCAUCCAACCGCAACGAUGCCUUUUACAGGUACAAGAUGCCCAAGAUGGUUACCAAGAUUGAAGGCAAAGGUAACGGCAUCAAGACCAACAUUGUCAACAAUGUCGAGAUUGCAAAGGCCCUGGGGAGGCCCGCUUCCUACACGACCAAGUACUUUGGUUGUGAGCUUGGAGCUCAGUCCAAGUUUGACGAGAAGACUGGGACUUCGCUUGUGAAUGGAGCUCACAGCACGUCUAAGCUCGCUUCUCUUCUCGAGGCUUUUAUUAAGAGGUAUGUCCAGUGCUAUGGAUGUGGGAACCCUGAGACUGAGAUUGUUAUUACGAAGACUCAGAUGGUGAAUCUCAAGUGUGCUGCUUGUGGGUUUAUCUCUGAGGUUGACAUGAGGGAUAAGCUGACGACGUUUAUUCUGAAGAACCCGCCGGAGGCGAAGAAGGGGGGGAAGGAUAAGAAGGCUAUGAGGAGAGCUGAGAAGGAGAGGCUUAAAGAAGGUGAAGCAGCUGAUGAGGCGCAGAAGAAGCUCAAGAAGAAAGCACCUUGUAAUGGGAAUGGGAAGGAGGCUUCUUCUAGUAUGUCCAAGAAUCAUGCUUCUGAUGAGGAUGAUAUCAGCCCAAAGCAUGAUGAGGUGGAUGGUGAUGAGGAUGAAGACGAUGGUAUCCAGUGGCAAACCGACACUUCUAGAGAAGCUGCUGAGAAGAGAAUGAAGGAACAGUUGAGUGCUGUAACUGCCGAAAUGGUGAUGCUCUCUGUAGAAGAAGAGGAGCCUAAGAACCUCGUGAAGGUGAUGAGAGAGUAUCUGAAGAAAGAUUCAUUGAUAAGCGAGCUCAAAACUUUCAUCUCCUCUCUCUCUGAUCCUCCUCAAGACGUCAUGGACGCACUCGUCAACGCUCUCUUCGAUGGUGUGAGCAAAGGAUUCGCUGAAGAAGUGACGAAGAAGAAGAAGUACUUAGCGGCUGCAAUGCAAGAGGAUGGUUCACAGAUGCAUCUGCUCAACUCAAUCGGAUCUUUCUUUGGUAAGAAAGGAAACGAAGAGGUGGGUAAGGAGGUGGCUCUGGUUCUUAAAGAACUGUACGAUGAAGACAUUGUUGAGGAAGAGUGUGUGUUGGAAUGGUACCAGAAGGGUCUGAAGGGAGUUGACAAAAGCUCGUCUAUUUGGAAGAAUGUUAAGCCUUUUGUGGUGUGGCUCCAGAGCGCUGAGUCCGAGACCGAAGGGGAGGAUUGAGAGAUGUUCUGCUCUUGUGACUUUUUCUGUUUUAAUGGGUGUUUGUAUUUCGGUUAUGGUUUUAAAAUACUAUCUCUCGCAACAAUUAUUGGUAUAAUUGUUGUUUGUUUCAUUAUAACAUUAUCUUAUUGAACUAUAUAUAAUACAGCUACUGGGUCUUUUAUA